AUGAGACAGAGGAGGCAUGACAUAGGCGUUCUGGUCAGCGCUACGAUACAGUCUAGAUUAAAUGAUCCAAAGUCUCGACGCGUGGAUCUCCUACAGCUAAUGUUGGACGCCAAAACUGACAAUCUGGACUCGACUGUACCCCAGGCGAUGACAGACAGUGACGUAAUAUCAACACAAGAGGAAGGCGAAACGGGUCAGCAGAACGGCUCUUCGUCAUCCAAAAGCAGAUAUUCACAAAAGGCGAAACUCACAGAAAAGGAGAUCCGGGCGCAGUGUGCGUUGUUUUUGUUCGCAGGGUAUGAAACCACCAGCACCGCCCUGGCCUACGCCGCCUACCACCUAGCAACGAGUCCAGAGGCACAGAAAACUCUCCAGGCGGAGGUAGACCAAUACUGCACUGAUGAGGGUCCUCCAUCGUAUGAGACCAUAAGUAAGAUGCAGUAUUUGGAUAUGUUCCUCAAGGAAUCGCUACGACUACACCCUAUCGCUCCAGGUCCUCCAUCGUAUGAGACCAUAAGUAAGAUGCAGUAUUUGGAUAUGUUCCUCAAGGAAUCGCUACGACUACACCCUAUCGCUCCAGCUGGACCAGGGAGAACAGCCCAGGAAUCCAGCACAGUGAUGGGUGUUCACAUUCCCAAAGGCAUGAGUGUCCGCUGUAACAUACGCAGUAUCCACAUGGAUCCCGAUCACUGGGGACCCCCAGACCCCAGCCUCUUCUGUCCUGAACGGUUCACGGCAGAGAGGGUUGCUAAGCGUCACCCUAUGGCCUGGCUUCCAUUUGGGGCAGGCCCCAGAAACUGCAUUGGUAUGAGGUUUGCUUUGAUGGAGGCCAAGAUGACCUUGGCGUGUCUCGUGAAGAAGUUCAGCGUUGAGACCUGUGCUGAGACGCAGAUUCCACUGGUUCACGUAGCUAGGGGCACAGUGCAGCCGGAGAAAGGUGUCACCGUGCGUCUUACAAGGCGGAAUACAGUGGCCAAUAAGACCGAAGAAUAA